GUCUUGGUACUAAAAGCACAAGCGUCUGUAACUCAGAGCAAUGCGGCACAUAUAAGGUUUGAUGAGAAGCCUGUGAAACAAAAUCGGGACAAACUCUCCUACUAUUCCUCAUGUGUUUCAUGUGAAUUUUGAAUUUGUUUCUGCAGAGCUUAUUGAACUUGAAGAUACACAGGUGCAGUUCCAGUUCUUUUUAAAUGACAUCACAACAUACAUAGAAGUCAGGAAUAUGAAAGAUACCUAAGAGUUAAAAAUAUUACAAGGGAACAUAAGAUUUUUGUUUGCAACAUACUGUUUCUCUGAAGAGUACCAGUUGGAAUCAAGAUCAGAAUGAAUUGCUGCUUAUUGCUGCCUUUUAUGUUGGGAAUUCCUCUCCUAUUGCCUUGCCUUAUAGCAACAGAAAACUCUAAAACAGAGGAAGUUAAGCACCCAGCGGGAUCUCAUUUGAGAGUGAGGCGGGGCUGGAUGUGGAACCAGUUUUUUGUACCAGAAGAAAUGAAUAAGACUAGACAUCACAUUGGCCAGCUAAGAUCUGAUUUAGACAAUGGAAACAACUCUUUCCAGUACAAGCUUUUGGGAGCUGGAGCUGGAAGUAUUUUUGUCAUUGAUGAAAGAACAGGUGACAUAUAUGCUGUACAGAAGCUUGAUAGAGAGGAACGGUCCCUCUACACUCUAAGAGCCCAGGUAAUAGACACCACUACUGGAAGGGCUAUGGAACCUGAGUCUGAGUUUGUCAUCAGAGUGUCGGAUAUCAAUGACAAUGAACCAAAAUUCCUAGAUGAACCUUAUGAGGCCAUUGUACCAGAGAUGUCUCCAGAAGGAACAUUUGUCAUCCAGGUGACAGCAAGUGAUGCUGAUGAUCCUUCAAGUGGCAAUAAUGCUCGUCUCCUGUACAGCUUACGACAAGGCCAACCAUAUUUCUCCAUUGAACCAACAACAGGAGUCAUAAGAAUAUCUUCUAAAAUGGAUAGAGAACUGCAGGAUGAGUAUUGGGUGAUUAUUCAAGCCAAAGACAUGAUUGGUCUGCCUGGAGCACUGUCGGGAACAACAAGUGUAUUAAUCAAACUUUCUGAUGUUAAUGACAAUAAGCCUAUAUUUAAAGACAGUUUAUUUCGCUUGACUGUCUCUGAAUCUGCAUCUGUUGGGAUGUCGAUUGGAAAAAUCAUGGCAUAUGAUAAUGACAUAGGAGAGAAUGCAGAAAUGGAUUACAGCAUAGAAGAUGAUUCAAAAACGUUCGAUGUCAUUACUAAUAAUGAGACCCAAGAAGGAAUAAUUAUAUUAAAAAAGAGAGUAGACUUUGAGCACCAGAACCACUAUCGUAUUAGAGCAAAAGUUAAAAACCGCCGAGUUGAUGAGCAGCUCAAGAAAUACCAUACUGAAGCUUCCACCACUUUCAUCAAGAUCCAGGUGGAAGAUGUUGAUGAACCUCCUGUUUUCCUCCUCCCGUAUUACUUAUUUGAAAUCUUUGAAGGAAGCCCGUACGGAUCAUUUGUAGGCACCGUCUCUGCCACAGAUCCAGAUCAGAGGAAAUCUCCUAUCAGGUAUUCUAUUACCAGAAGCAAAGUGUUCAGUAUUGAUGACAAUGGUACAGUCUUCACAACUAACCCUCUUGAUCGAGAGAUUAGUGCUUGGUAUAACCUAAGUGUUACAGCCACAGAAAAAUACAGUAUAGAACAGAGUUCUGCAGUCCCUGUGUAUGUGCAAGUUCUCGAUAUCAAUGAUCAUGCUCCUGAGUUCUCCGAAUACUAUGAGACUUACGUUUGUGAAAAUGCAGUCUCUGGUCAGGUGAUUCAGACCAUCAGUGCAGUGGAUAGAGAUGAAUCCAUAGAAGAUCACCACUUUUACUUUAAUGUAUCUGUGGUAGAAAAUAACUCAAGUUUUACAAUCAUAGAUAAUCAAGAUAACACAGCUGUAAUUUUGACUAAUAGAACUGGUUUCAGCCUUCAAGAAGAGCCUGUCUUCUACGUAUCCAUCCUAAUUGCUGACAAUGGAAUCCCAUCACUUACAAGCACAAACACCCUUACCAUACACGUCUGUGCCUGUGAUGACACUGGUAGCACGCAGACCUGCAGUAAUAAGGAUCUUAUGCUUUCCAUGGGAUUCAGGACAGAAGUCAUAAUUGCUAUUCUGAUAUGCAUUAUGAUAAUAUGUGGGUUUAUUUUUUUGAACCUAGGUCUGAAACAACGAAGGAAACAGACUCUAUUUCCUGAGAAAGGUGAAGAUUUCAGAGAGAAUAUAUUCAGAUAUGAUGAUGAAGGUGGCGGAGAGGAGGAUACAGAGGCAUUUGACAUAGUGGAGCUGCAGGGUGGCACAGUCAUGCGGGAACGCAAGACUCGGAGAGCCAGCAGGGUAGAGAUUCGGAGCCUGUACAGGCAGUCUUUGCAGGUUGGCCCAGAUAGUGCCGUAUUCAGGAAAUUCAUUCUAGAAAAGCUCGAAGAGGCUAACACUGAUCCCUGUGCCCCUCCUUUUGACUCCCUCCAGACCUAUGCUUUUGAGGGGACAGGGUCCUUAGCUGGAUCCCUGAGCUCUUUAGGGUCAGCAGUCUUUGAUCAGGAUGAAAACUAUGAUUACCUUAAUGAAUUGGGACCUCGCUUUAAAAGAUUAGCAUGCAUGUUUGGUUCGGCUAUGCAGUCAAAUAAUUAGGGCUUUUUUAUUAAUAAAUUUUUUUAAAUGCUAAUGUGUAUUUGGGCAAACUGGUAGUCUCUUGGUAAAGAGUUGUAUACUCCGGUUCUUGGGAAAAAGGAAAAGACCCAAUUUAUAAUGUUUUCUGAUAUUCUUGGGGUAAGUAUCCCAUGGUUAUUUCAAGCUACCCAUCCAUUGUCACUGACUGCAGGUAUGGGGAAGUGAAGCUAACAGUCAGCUCUCGGGUGCCAAGGCAGGCCAGCUCUAGUGUGCCCCUGAAAUACUCCUCUGACAUUUUUCCAAUACCAUCCAAUACAAAUUCUCAAAAUUUUUGAAAGUUUAAUGUGAAAAGGGCCCUGAUCUAGAUUGUCUUAAUAUUAUUUCAUUUAUCCAUUUUUAAAAUCUUAGACAAAGUAAGAGUGAAGAGUUUAUGUGUGUUAAGCUCCCGAUACUCUACAGAGAUAAACACCUAGGAGAAUCUCAGUGGUUAUAUACAUCUUUUAAAAACUGUUUCUUUUCUAUGAAUAAGCAAGCUUCUGACUGAGAGUCUAUGAUUCAUUCUAGUUUGAUAUUUUAAAAAUGUCAUCAAGACCACAUUUUAAAACUGAUUUCAAAUUUAGACAGAUGCUUUGUAUCUGUUAAUUACUCAAAGAUAUAGUGUAAAUUUGUAUUCUCUUUGAUAUUACAGCUUUAUAUAAAAAAAGGGACAUAGACUUUGUUUAGGAGAUUUUCAUAUGUUAUUUUCUUAUGUAUCCAAAAUACAUCUUUAUCAUGUCACAAUACUAUGAUAAAACACAUAUCAACAUUUACUGAACAUUAAAUUUGAACUUUAAGAAAAUGGUAGAAAGUGUGAAAUUUUUUUAAUUUUAGUUUUUGAUUUCUAAUUUUAUUGCUACUAAAAAUAAUAUAAAUGAAAGGAGUACUAGAUUCAAACUGGAGUUAUUAUUCAUCCUAAAUGUUACGAUCAGCUGCCCUGCUCUUACCAUGCAUAAAAUAAAACAUGAUAAAAUUCUCAGCAUUUCCUUUUUUAUUAAGAGAUUAGACUAUAACUGAUUCUUCUGUGUCAUUUUUUUUAUUAUGGAAUAUAAAAUUAGGUACAAUAGUUACUUUUAUGGUAACAUUAUGAAGGAAGUAUGCUAAGCUGCUGGACAUAAAGCUUUAAGGUAACAUUAGAUAGUAAGAUAAUAAAACACUUUAAUUUUAAUCAACCUUGUAAGAAUGAUUCUCAAUUAUUCUAUCCAAAUCAAAGUGGAAUUCAAAAUUCACAGGUUGAACAGAAAGAAAGUAGUGAAUACUGUGUCCUCAAAAUAGCUUUAUGUGUUCAUUUUUUAUUAAUAGCAUGUGAAACUGAGCUGAACCAAAUUGACCAUAUAUGUUCUAAUCAAGUACUUCAAAUAAUUUUGAGCUAAAGUUGGAGUAGUUCAAUAGCUACAAUAUAUUUUUUCUCUGUACUUUAAGACAAUACCAUCCAUACCAUGUAAUAGAAGAGAAUUUUUUCAUCAGUAUCAAUCAGGUACCAUUAUGUCAGCAACACAGAUAUCACCAUUUUACAAAAGCCUGAGAAAAUCAGACUUGAAAUACAACAAUUUAGGAAGAUAUUAAAUGUAGUAGAGAGGACAUAAGCUGUAGUAACUCCUGGUAUAUUCAUAUCGUUAUUUACUUAGGGAAAAGUAAGAACAGUAAACAAAAGAAAAUUCAAAAAUAAAGUAAAAACUUGCAGGUAAAAAAAUGUAUGGGUUGAGAGAACAUUUAUAUUCCUAUCAUAUGGACAUAAAAAUUGAAAGAGUAUAGUUAGGGAAAUUUUCAUGAAUUAUUCCAUGAAUGGCUGUACCCUGUAUUUAGAAAAUAGUGCUAUAUAAUCUUGGUUGAACUGGAAUGUAUGAUAAACAGCAGAUGAAGCAAUCCAUGGAAAAUAGAUUAGAAAAAAAGAAAUAGGGUCUUCGGAGGCUUGCAGUUAGUUCAGUCAUGAAUGAAAGCCUUAUAAACAACUUAUCAACUUGGAUGAACACCUUAUAAAAAUGCAGUAUCUGCAUCACUAAGUUUAGUGUUUGAGUCCAGUGGCACUAAGAAGAUGUGUUAAAAUAAAUUCUGGUUUAGUUAAUGAUAGGAUUGUCAAUCAUAGGGUACAUAGGAAAAGAGAUUCAGGGCUGGAUACCUAUUUGCUAGUCUAGAAAGUGUCCUUUUAAACUAUAUCAAGAAAAUACUCUCUGAUUCUAGUAGAGAAGUUGCAAUUUUCUAGAAGUUAUACUUGGUAAUAUUUCAAUAACUAUUUUAACCUUUUUUUCUAGUCACACAGUUGUUGCAAGAACACAGCUGUAUCCUAAGCUAAAGACAUGACAUUAAGGUCUCAUUUUUGUAAAUUUUAAUAAAGGUAAAUCAAUGCGAGGAUAUUUAUGAAAUAGCACAGCUUUGCAUUAAUACCUGCACUACUUAAACAGCACCCUUCAUUAACUUACAUGUUUAUGUGUAAGUCUUAAGUUACUAGUGGUUGAAACAGGAAAAUAUUGAAAUCCUUUAUAGGGAUCAGAAAAUGUUAGCAAUAAUAGUUGUUCACUAAGCACAUAGCUUGAGCCUAUCAGAUCUGAGUUUGAAUUAGUUCACUUUUAUUUAAAUAAUUGUGUGAACUUUAUCGAACUGUCUAAUCUUUCCGUAUCUGAGGUUGUGAUCGGUAAAACGAGGUCCAAUGUAUGUAUUUCACACGAUUGUUGUGAAGAAUAAGUAAAACAGGAAGCACACGUAGUACCAGACAAAGCACAAGAGUUCAAUAAAUAUCAGCCCAGCAUCGUAACAGCUGACCUUAUUCUGCUGGAAUGCACAGAUCCCUUUCUUUUCUAGCACUGAGUGAUCCCAAGGGCUUCACAGCGCAUUUGAAAUAUAAAUCAGUUUUCUGACCUGACAUACAAGGUCAUGUAUUAUCCUGUGUCUGCUUAUCUCUGUGUGCUCUGACCUCUUCUAAUGCCAUGCUCUAGGCCUGAAGCAAUCUUCCUCCAAACAUUUCUAUUUUUCAUUCCCUCACUUCAUUCAAGUCCGUGAUCAAUUGCAACUUCCUCAGAAAGGCCUACCGGACCACUCUCUCCCACUGUGUCCCUUGCUCUGCCUUUCUUUGCAUCAAAUCACUCAGCUACUCUGUAGCAAGUACAUUAUAUAUAUGUUACUUGUUAUUGCCUUUAUCCUUUAUUAGAAUGUAAACUCUAAUUGGGCAAGGGGUUGUCGGACUUUUUCAUUUGUUCUUGUCUAAAAUUGUUUCUAGCACAUGGUAUGUGACCAAUAAAUAUUUCUUAAAUGGAUGUAAUAAUGAAUCCCAAUCUAUUUUACUUGGUCCUGUAUAGAAGCCGUAUUGACAUUGUUGAAUAUUAAUGUGAAAUUAAUGUAUUUUUCUAACCAGGUUAGCACUGGGUAGUUCUGGGUUACAAUAAGAUUUUUCAAAAUCUUUCUAGAAAUUAUAUGAAUUUGGUAUUUUAACUUGUUUGUACUUAUUGAUAUCAUUUCCUGCUGUGGGGAAAGGUAAUAAUGUUAUACUGUUUAGUCAAAACACAUCCUUUGAUGAUUGCUGUAGAAGUUCUCAUAUGAAUAAGUUCCCAUGAAGUGUGAUGAAUAGGAAAACAUUUGUGAUGCAUGAGAAUUCUAUGCUUCAUGUUUUAGAAUACAAUUUGGUAACAAAUGCAUUGUUAAGCUCACAGGGCUACACAAAACCUACAAGGUAGCUUCAUGUUCUUUUAUAUGAUAUAAAUAGGCAUUAGAUAUCAAGUACAUUAAAAGCUGGAAAUAAAUGUAGAAAAGGAUUAUGUGGUUUUUACAUAUCCAAUUACGUCUGUCUUAUAUAUCUAUGUACCCCUCCAACCAUCCUCCCAUCCACAUAUCCAUCUAUCAACUAUCUCCUUUCUACUAUCUAUCCCCUCUUCCAGGAAACUAUAAUUUCACAAUUACAUUAGAGACUAGCAUCUCAAUCACAGAUUAGAUCCUUGAGACACGUUAGUAUUUCUUGCUGUCUUUUUUUCCUAGAGAGCUCUAAGGAUGGGAAGCUGCCUGAUAUGAAAUGGCAGGGAAACAGAGAGGGCUAAAACUGGGAAAAAUGCAGUUCCUGGCCUUUGGCAAGGCAAAACUGCAUGAAUUUCCCAUAGGUUAAGUGGUUCCAGGUGUAGAAAUUUUGCACAGAAUGUAGAAGCUGAAAGGGAGCUUAAAUCAGUCAUCCAAAGACUGUGUCACACAGGCUAAGGAAAAACAGGGACCUCUGGUCCUUAAAAUGUCUCCAAAUACCCAAUGCAUGAGCUCCAGAAUAGAGUGCCAGCAGUCAGAUGCCUGUCAUGACACAGAACAUUGGCUGUGAAAUUAUGAUAGAGCCAGCCUUGUUUAUAUGCCCUUUAUCUCUCAUCUCUCCAUCCCCACCCAGAAACCAGAGGUCCAGAUGCAGCAGAGUAAGUGGAACAGGGAGAGAGACAACCACCUUGGCCAAAGUGGGCAUAAGAAAGAUCAAGGCAAGUGUUUCUUAAAAACGGAAUAAAAUGAAACAUUUUCAUGAUGUUUCUUUCAAGUUACAAACUAAUCAAUAAAGUGGAUACAUUAACAUAUCAAAUCAAUUUGGCAUUUCAUAUAGUUUGAAUAAUUUAAAUUUCACCUUACUAGUAGAAAACAUUAGCAAAAUACAAAAAAAGUAAAUAUAAUUUAUAGUGUUCUUAGGACAUUUGAAAGCCUGUUACAAUAGUUUAUACAACUUUAUUUCAUGCUAUUUCUUUGUGCUUAUUCAUUUUAAUAGUUAAAAUGUGAUAUGUUCUUUUGGCUUCUGCAGUGCUAAGUGGUUUAUCUCAGCUAGAAAUAAGGCUGGACAUGGAAAUGACCAUAUAUUCAUGAUUACAUAGAGGUACAAAUCUAUAGAAUAUUUUGUCCUAGGAAAGGGAAUAGAGAUUAUAUAUGGGAUUCAUCUGUACAAUAGGGAUAUUAAGGAUAUAUAAGUCAUCAUAUCAUUGGAGGAAUUAACUGAAAUAAUACAUAUAAAUAAUUAACUGGGCUUAAUGUAUAGCAAACAUGACAUUUUUACCUGUUGUGAUUCUUAAAAUAAUAAUUAUUAUAAUUAUAUUAAGUUUAACUUUAGGAAGGCUCAUAGACUUAUCUCCUUACUCUUGAAAUAUUAUCGCCAAAAAGAAAAUGAAGUGGAAAUGGGCAAAGAUGGCUAAAAGGUACAAACUUCCAGUUAUAAAAUAAAUAAAUCCUGGGGAUGUAA